GUUGUUCAUUUGAUGGUUUUACGAAGAUCUACGAGUAUGAAAGAAGGCCAAUCACUCAUCUGACACCGCGCUACGUCCGCGUUGAACGGUUCUGUCUUGGCCUUCGUCAGUGGCUCUUUGUCUCAACGCGACCCCGCGCGUCUACCACGGAAUAUAUGCAACACUGAAUCUGCUGACACGAGGAAAGCUGAUCUACAAUCCCUCGAAAUUUGGUCUUCCAAACUUUGCAAGAGAAACGCCAAAUUAGGAUCGUAAUCACAACAGAAUGAUCACUGUCGCAGUAGCAGGCGGAACCUCCCCCGGACUCGGCCGCUCAAUCCUCGAAGCCCUCAUCAACCAACCGGAAAGAGUCACACCCAUAGUCCUAAGCCGCGAAACAUCGAAAACCCCAAAGUGGCUCUCAGACCUCGCCAUCGAGGUCCGCCGAGUGAACUACCAAUCCCCGGAAUCUCUGGACGACGCACUGAACGGCGUCCACACAGUAAUUUCCACGCUGCUCGCCAUAGACGGAACAUGGGCCUCAACGCAACUCAGCCUCCUUUCCGCCUGUAUCCGGGCCGGCGUAUCGCGCUUCGCGCCCGCUGAAUUCGGCCUCGGUCCGCUGUCCGCUCACCACAUCGCCCUCGUGUCUCCGCAGGUAGAAGUCAUGAAUGCGUGCCGCGAAGCGAAGCUCCAGAAUCCGGCGACCUUCGAGUACGCGGGGUUUCAUCCGGGGUUGUUUAUGAACUACCUUGGUUACGGGGCGCCGGAUCAGGAGGAGGCGUUGCAUGGGUUUGAGGACAAUUGGGAGGACUCGUGGUUCCAUGUUAAUACGAUGAAGGCGGAGAUUCCGCUGACGAAGGAGGGGGAGGUGCCGAGGAUCACGAUGACGGAGUUGAGGGAUGUGGGGCGGUUUGUUGCUGCUGCUUGUUUGCUGCCUGAUGGGUUUUGGCAGGAGGAUUUUAGUAUGGUGGGGGAGACGUUGCGAAUGGAUGAAAUUGUCAAGGUUAUCGAGAAGGUGAAAGGGGGGAAGGUGGAGGUUAUGUAUCGUAAGUAUGAUGAGCUCGCCGCAUUGACGAAGAGGGAAGAGAAUCCUUGGAGGAAGUUUUGGUAUGAACUUGAGGGGGCAAUUGCAAGAGAUACAAAAGGGGAGGCGUUUGUGGAUCCGAUUCUGAAUGGGCUAUUUCCAGACAUCAAGCCAGUGUCGAUUGAAGAGUACUUGACGAAGUAUUGGACUUGAAUAAAAGAGGAAGAAUUUGAUUCAGCCCAUGCAACUGG